GUCUACGCUGGGUGCCUUCACCAUCACCACGAGUAAGAAGAGAUUGCUCCACUUCGCUGCAAUUCAUACCCUCGGCGACUGCACCUCGUUUGUGUGCUGGAAUUGUCUGUUAGGAAUCAGAAGAGUGAUUUAGAACCAUCAACCCCGCCUUGGACACUGCACAGCUCCCACCUUCAUCAUGUUCCGCAACAACUACGACAACGACUCGGUCACCUUCUCGCCCCAGGGCCGUAUCUUUCAGGUCGAAUAUGCACAAGAAGCCGUCAAGCAGGGUUCGGUCGUUGUAGGCAUUGUCAGCAAAACACACGCAGUACUCGCCGCAAUCAAGCGAAACGCCGAGGAGCUCUCAUCAUACCAGAAGAAGAUCAUCCCGAUAGAUUCGCACUUUGGCGUCGCCCUAGCUGGUCUCGCGUCCGAUGCCCGCGUUCUCUCCAACUUCAUGAAGCAGCAGUCGCUCGCCUCCCGCCUAACCUACGACCGCGCCAUCCCCCUCUCCGAGAUCACUUCCCGCAUUGCAGACCGUGCGCAGACCAACACGCAGCAGUAUGGACGAAGGCCGUACGGAGUCGGACUCUUGAUUGCCGGUGUCGACGCAAAGGGUCCCCAUCUAUUCGAGUUCCAACCCAGCGGCGUCACACAGGAGAUGAUUGCGUGCGGUAUUGGUGCUAGGAGUCAGAUGGCGAGGACGUACCUGGAGAGGCAUCUGGAUGACUUUGAGGGCGCUAGCAGGGAGGAGCUGAUCAAGCAUGCAUUGAGGGCGCUCAAGGAGUCACUGUCCCAGGACAAGGAAUUGACUGUUGAUAACACUAGUGUUGGUAUUGGUGGCGUUGGAGAGGACUUUGCGCUCUACGAGGGACAGGACAUUACAGAGUGGCUUGACGCUACUUUUGAGAACCGGGAAGGAGAUGAUGAUGCAGAGGGUGGUGAUGGUGAGGCCAUGGAGUUGUGAGUGUGAGCGUGAGCGUGAGCGUGCGCUGUGAGCGUUAGAGCUGCUCAAUGGGCAUUACGGUAGACCAUGAUACAGCUAUGCUUGACGUAGCUAGCUAUGAAAAUGAAUGACCAUGACUGUAAUUUAUCUG